AGUUGACUCCUAUGACGAAAGAAUGCUAGGAAAGAAUGCUCGUCUUUCUUCUUCCUUUAUAUAUACGUCGUCUACUACUCUCUAAAUGAUCUCGACUCUCGAGCUGCGAGCCCACUGUCCUGACAUUUCAACAAACAAAUUCUCUCUCUCUCUCUCUCGAACUCGACUUGCUCUCAUGCUCGCGGUCUAGAGCCAACUCCCGAGGUUUCCUGCAGGGAGAACUCUCUGGACGCCUAAAUCCCUCUCACCCUUUUUGUCCAGUCGAUGCCCUCUGAUAGCCCGAACGAUUCCCAUCUUCCCUGUCAUGGCGAACCCACCUCAGCCCCCGCCUGACGGAAUCACCGACGAUUUCUUUGAGCAGAUAUUCUCGAUGCCCGGAUACACGACAGGCGAUGGAAGCCUCGCAGGCGGCGACGGAAGUUCGGUUCCUGGGAUCGUGCAGCAGUUUAACUCCGGAGACGGUUCUUCUCCUGGUACUUUCUCAGUGUUUCCUCUUGGGCUCAGCUUGGAGCAGGGGAGGCCUGGCUUCGCCGUGGCAGAAGAGGGCUCUUGCGGCGGCGGCGGCGUAGGGAAGCGGCUCCGCGAGGGCGUUGAGGCGAAGACCUCGUCGGAUGCGGAAAGGGAUUCGAUUCAGUUACCGAGCUUGUUUCCCGCGUUCGGACACGUGCAGUCUCAUCAAAUCCGGCAUAAUUCUCCUCAGAUUCUUCAUGGUCAAUCAUUGCAAGCACAAGUUGCUUCAGCAUCACAAGUGCCAGCUCCCCGUCCAAGAGUGAGGGCAAGACGUGGACAAGCUACUGAUCCUCAUAGCAUAGCAGAGAGGCUACGUAGAGAAAGAAUAGCGGAAAGGAUGAGGGCCUUGCAGGAACUAGUUCCCAAUACUAACAAGACAGAUCGAGCAGCCAUGCUUGAUGAAAUAGUAGAUUAUGUCAAGUUUUUGAGGCUUCAAGUCAAGGUUCUAAGCAUGAGCAGACUGGGCGGUGCAGGUGCUGUGGCACAGCUGGUAGCUGAUAUUCCACUAUCACAAACUGAGGGAGACAGCAGUAGUGAUGGAAGGACCAAGCAACAGGUUUGGGAAAAAUGGUCGACCGACGGCACCGAACGGCAGGUAGCAAAGCUUAUGGAAGAAGAUGUGGGGGCAGCAAUGCAAUUCCUCCAGUCCAAAGCUCUCUGCAUGAUGCCCAUAUCCCUUGCAGCUGCCAUCUACCACACACAGCACCAGCCGGAAAAUCCUUCAGUGAAGAACGAACCUAACACACCGCCGUCGUAGGGCGGCGAAAGUUAAGCUACCUAACCACUUAGCCACGCUUAUUCCAGGAUGAUCCUCAUAACAGGUCUGAAGGAAGACCCUUCCCGUGUAUCUUGCCACUUUCUUAACUUUUUUUUACUUGUCAAAGGUGGUGUGAUUGCAAGAGUCAAGCAGAGGACAAAAGGAGACUCCACUUACAACUGUCUCCACAUUCUCUGUCUUUUUCUCAGUGCUACCUGAAGUGCUCACUGGGGCAUUGAGGGAGCCCACUCCACUCCCUAUUUUUGGCCCUGUGGGGCUCUGGUGCACUAACUUGCCACCUUUUUUUUUUUAAUUUCUGGUAUGGGGUUUUACUCUUAUUCGAUAGUGGGAUGGGGGACCUUAUAAAAGUUAAUUAUGGGUAUAAAAUUAAGCAUGCUUCUUGUUAAGAAAAUGAAUGGAUGAUUAUGAAGAUGAUUAUUGUUAAUCAUAUAUUUUUGUAUAUAUCUAUAGUCUAUUCCAUGUUGGAUAGUUGAAAGUAU